GUGCCCUCCGGCGGCGAUGCGGCGGGGAGCGGUGCGGGGCUGCCCGCUGCGGGGGCUGCUGCUGGCGGCGGCGCUGUGCGGGGCGGCUGCCCGGCCCGCGGCGGCCCCGCUGCUGUGUAACGUGAGCCUGGACAGCCCGGCCGAGGAGCGGUGGCUGCCGGUGCUGCGGCACUUCGAUCCCGCCUUCCUGCGCGCUGCCGUCGCCCGGGUCAUCGACGAAACCGUACCGAAAUGGUUCCACGACGUCAUUCGUCCGAUAGCGGCGGAGCUGGAGUCCUUCAUGCCGCAGCCUUUUGCUGGGGAAAUUCGAGGGCUGUGCGAGGCGCUCGGGGUCAGCCUGGGCGACGGAGUGCUGCUCAACUUCGCCUACGAAUCUACGGCGUUUUGCACGAGUAUUAUCGCUCAGGAUGACAAAGGAAACAUUUACCAUGGACGGAACCUGGAUUAUGAUUUUGUAGAUAUAUUAAGCAAGAUUACCAUCGAUGUGCAGUUCAUAAAAAGCGGGCAGAUAGCAUAUCGAGGCACUACGUUUCUUGGCUACGUAGGUUUAUGGACUGGACAAAGUCCUCACAAGUUCACAAUCUCUGGUGAUGAACGAGAGGGUGGUAGCUGGUGGGAGAAUGCAAUAGCUGCAUUUCUGAAUCGAAAUUACCCCGUCAGCUGGCUUAUCCGAGAUACCCUGAGCAGAGCAGAGGACUUUCAGUCAGCUGUUCUCAGACUAGCUGACAUUCCCAUCAUUGCUGAAGUUUACUAUAUUGUAGGAGGCGUAUCGCCCAAAGAAGGCAUGGUCAUAACAAGAAAUAGAAGAGGGCCAGCAGACCUCUGGCCUCUUGAUCCUUUAGGUGGAGCAUGGUUUCGUGUGGAGACAAACUAUGACCAUUGGACUACCCCUCCUCCUUGUGAUGACCGAAGAACGCCAGCCAUGAAAGCUCUCAAUGCUACUGGACAGCAGAACAUCAAUUUUGAUACACUUUUUCAGGUACUAUCAGUGAAGCCAGUCUUAAAUAAUAGCACAGUGUAUACUACAGUAAUGAGUGCUGCAUUUCCAGAGAAGUACCAGACAUGGAUCAGAACUAUGAAGUGGAGUAAAUAACAUGCUGCAGACUGAAUAGGAGAAAAGUUGAAGCUUUCCAAGACCAGCAUAUGCUUUUAAAAACACUCCCAAAAGCAGUACAGUAGUUUUGGAUUACUAAUUGAGUGAACCAUUCACACAAUAAAGACUUGUUAGUUCUUUAAAGUGUUGCAGAUGGUACUGUUAAUGAACUGUAAUGGAAAUUUGAUUUUAUUUUAAUUAUAUUGAUGUUCUAGCAGAUAUUGAUAGCUAAAAUUUGCUAUUAUUGUUUUUGGGAAGAAUUGUGCAAUUUGAAUAUACUCAUGUACUGACUGAUAAAUAAAAAGAUCUAUUUUGUGUGGAAUGUAGGUGUGAACAUAAUGAAAUAAAAAUAUGCGGCUGAUUGCUUGA